AGCUGUACAAACAUGUUCCUCACUCACAAGCUGACGUAAAAUAGGAGAACAACAGACAUGGUCACGCCGUCUGAGAAGAAAUCAAAUGCACCAGUCUGCAGAUUAAGACCAUGUGCAUUACUACAGGCUUGUUUAAUUUGGACAUUUUUCUGUUUGGCUCUAUGGGCAUUGAAUGGUGGGAUCCACAUCAAACAAUUUCAGCCCCCCAGACCUAAAACAGUUCCUCGCAAUAACAGUUCAUCCAUAAUAUCUGCGUUUGACAUGGGAAUCAGUGAUGAGGAGUGGGAAAGACUACAGAAGGCUAUUGACUGGCCUAUUCCAGAUCAAGAAAUCACUUAUCUGAAUCAGAGCACAAGUCCAGUUCACUCAACUUUCUCUAUUGUGGGACUCAAAGAGAGUUACCAAGUGGGAGAAAAGAUCUCUGUUAUUAUCACAGCCAGAGACCACAACAAGGACCUGAAAAGAUAUGGAGGAGAUUUUUUCAAAGCGAAACUUUUCAAUGCAGAGCUAAAGGCGAGUGUUUAUGGGGAGGUUGUGGAUCAUCAUAACGGGACUUACUCUGUUGAACUUCUUCUGCCGUGGGAAGGUCAGGCACAAGUGUUUGUACGUCUAGAGCACUCCAGUGAGGUUGUGCAGAUUCUUAAAAAAUACAUGGAGUCUUCAUUCCCACGCACCCACUUCAAUGGAUACUUUGAAGGGCCAGGACCCAAUAAAACCAGGAUCAGUGAAAUAGUAGAAUGUAAUAUUAAGUGGGGUGCAGAUGGAAAUUGGAGGAAAGGCGACUGCUGCUGUGAGCAUAAGGAUAUAAAAACAGGAACGGUGUGGCAGUGUGAGAGACCGAAGAAACUUUCCUGUGACAAACUGGUUCGUCACGCAGGCGGACGUUUGGAAAACCCAUUAAAUCCUUUUGAGCUGCAGCUUUUUACACAGUAA